CACGAACCUCUUCACGACACGACCCAGUAACCCAUCUACUAACCCGGACGACAGCCAAAAUGAAGUUCCUCAAGGUCGGACGCGUUGUCAUCAUCACCCGGGGCCGCUAUGCCGGCAAGAAGUGCGUGAUCAUCUCACCACUUGACAACGGCACCAAGUCGCAUCCCUUCCCCCACGCUCUCGUUGCCGGUAUCGAGACCUACCCCUCCAAGGUCACCCGCCGCAUGUCAAAGAACAAGCAGGCCAAGAAGAGCAAGGUCAAGCCUUUCGUCAAGCAGGUCAACUACACUCACAUCAUGCCUACCCGCUACACCAUUGAGCUCGAGAACCUGAAGGGCGUCAUCUCCGCCGACACAUUCAAGGAGGUUUCGCAACGGGAGGAGGCCAAGAAGACGGUGAAGAAGGCAUUCGAGGAGCGAUACCAGUCCGGAAAGAACCGAUGGUUCUUCACUCCCUUACAGUUCUAAGCUUUCCUUUGGUUACGGCUGGGCGCAGAUGGGCAUGAUUUGACACGGAAGAUCCUGCAUGAGCAUGUCGGUGGAUAUCAUAGGGCGGACAGGACCUCCAACCCGGCCUGUCAUCCAGGCGUGUAUUUCGGCUUGAUAAUCAAAGCAUGAAAAAUCCGGCAUUCGGCUCAAUCCACGACCUUCAUGAAAUGCACAUGAUUUUCACGUUGGCUUUCGUGCACACCACCGGGUGACGAGUGUGAUUGGCAUGUGAUAUUAACAGGACCCAGCGCUGCGUUCAUCCAUCGUCGAUUGAGCUGGUAACGCGAACCGCUGAAUUAUCCUAGCAGGCAGGAUUACUAACUGGACCGAGUCGCCUGAUGGACCACCCUGGCACAGAAGUCGUUAAUCUUACUUUUGACGGACGAUCGGUUGCGCAUAUAUUAGCAUGGACGGUAUAGCGUGAGAAAUUGUUACGCCGACGACAUGACAUGAUGUAGAGCAAUGUAAUAGUUUGCACGGGAUAUCAUUGUCAUUACUCAGUCUAAAACUAACCACCCAUGCCGUCGGCAUGAUGAAGUAUGCCCAGGCAGGGCACAAGAAAACUCCCCAUUAACCUCGCUUUCACUUUUCCGAUGACACGAGCCUAUACGGCUCCGUAGUCUCUCGUAGUACAAGUCUAGGCAGCAUACAGUCUAGACGGUCUAGCACGACUUCAACGGCGCAUGGCUGCGCAUCCACACCAUCAUAGAUCCUUACCCAGUACGCCACCCUACUGGUUGAUCUCAUCGACCUUCUUCUUCGUCUCCUCCUUGCCCUUGUUUAGGUAGCCCAGCACAACGUCGCAGGCAUCGCUGAUCAUCCUCAGCUCAAAGCUGACGGCCGCAACACCCAUCUUCACGACGCCGUUGUUGUAGUGCGUCUUGUUGUACUCGUCUUGCCAUGCGCCCUGUACAUAUGACACGGGCGAGAAGGCGUACUCCUUGAGUUUCGACGUAUCUUCCUUGACGAUGGGGAGGUGCGUCUCGAGUGUUGAGAGGCCGCUGUCGCCGAGCUGGUCUGCGCGCUCGAGGUAGGGCGAGAGGUAGGAGUAGGGUGUGCGCAGAUAUGGGUGAAGGGGUGCAACGACGUUGUUGUAGGUGUUGCUGGCGAGAGUCAGGGCACGGGAGCCGUAGGGGUUGGACUUGAACGUCUCGACGCCAUCAUGGAUGGCUGGG